GUUGUAAUUGUAUAUAACAAUUCUUGCUUCGGAUUUUUUCAUCAACUAAAAAUCUGUUCUGUUUUGCUCCGUUACUAGUUACAGUUUUAAUUAUAUUUUAUUUUUAUAUAUAUAUAUUUUAAUAUCUCAAUUUAAUUUACAGUUAAAGAUAAAGAUUGAUUUCACAACUUAUUCAACAAUUGUUCUUUAAACACACAAUGGGAUUUUUGAAUUACCACAAAAUUGGUACCUUCUUCGCACUUUUUUUUAUAUUCUUUGGGAUUACGUCACAGCUUCAGAAAAUUUGGAAUGUCACGGAUACUAAAGCGACAAUGUUCAUCAAUCAAGUAAGAAAUAAAUAUGACUACCUCGAGGAGAUGGACACCCUUAAUAAACAAAAAGUUGAUAUGGAUGACCCAAGAUUAAUCAGACUAAUAAGAAAUUACUGGAUUGAAAACCCGUCAGAUCAACCAUACAAUCUGAAACAACCUCAUGUAAUGGACACUUCAAUUGGACAAGCUGCAUUUGUUGAUAACAGAUUACAUUUUAAGAAAGGUGGAUUUUUCGUGGAAUGUGGUGCACUCGAUGGGGAAACCAGAUCGAAUACCUUGAUAUUUGAACGCUCGAGGGAUUGGAACGGUCUUUUGAUUGAGGCUGACCCAUCAAACUAUGCGUUAGUGAAGAAAAAGAACAGAAAAGCAUUUACCAUUAACGCUUGUCUCAGUAUUUACCCAUAUCCAGUAAAGCUGCAGUUCAAAAAAAGUUUCAAUGUAGGCAAGAUAGUACAGGACCAGAAUGCAAAAGGCAAAAACAUUGUGGAUGUCCAGUGCUUUCCUUUCUAUUCAAUAAUGAAGGCUUUAAACGUGACACACGUUGAUUUCUUCAGCCUCGAUGUGGAGGGAAAUGAAUUAGAAGUUUUACGAACUAUACCAUUUGAUAAAAUAUAUAUAGAUAUGAUGACGGUUGAAAUCGCACAUGUUCCAGGAGGAGAAACACCAGUGAAAACAUUUGUAGAAAAUAAAGGGUACUCCUCACUUAUCAAAAUGUCUCAUUUCCAAGGUUUGGCAAAUGAUAUAAUAUUUAGAAAGAAAUAAAAUGUUUUCAUCAUG